UGGAAAAUUUACGGUAUAAUUUCCGCAGUGUUUAUAUGUCAUCAUCGUCAUCUUCAUCAUCAAAUACCCCCGGCUCGGACGACGAUACGAAAAGCGGCCGUAGCAAAUCGUCGAAUUUUGAAUGUAACAUAUGCUUUGAUCAAGCCUCGGAGCCGGUGGUGACACGGUGUGGACAUUUGUUUUGCUGGUCGUGUCUGGACCAAUGGCUUGAUCGCUCCGGGGAGUGCCCAGUAUGUAAAGCUGGAGUGACUCG